AUCACAUAUGUGAGAAAACCUUUGACGUCAGUAAUAGUAUCACCGCAGUUCCGGUUCUACGGUUUUCCUCGACGAAUUUUUUUAUUCACCUGUUACUAGAAGUGAAACUGCUGCACUAAAUCCACUCGGUGCAAUUAAAAAAUCAUUACAUGCUACAUAUAUUAAAAUAAAAAAUAUAAAAACCUUCCGGUAAAUUUCUAACUCCAAAAAAAAAAAAAAAAUAACAAUAAUAAAAAAAAAACUGAGCAAAUCUUUUAUAAAUCACAUACAUCCAGUGUUUGAAGUUGUUCUAAUGUCAAUACAGACAAAACAAGCUCUUAAAUUACCAUUUAUCACAGAUGUUCAUUGUUUCUCGUUUAUAAAUAAACAUUUAACACUAUAAUGCCAUUAGCAAACUUAACAGUACCUUGGAAUCAACAGCAUGUUUCCGAGCAGCAAACACCUGAUGUAGAUCCAACAGACCAUCACCCAGACAAUCACCCACUAUCGAUAUCAGCUAUGGCACAAUCCAACAUUGAUACGGAUAAUAAUCAUUCAUUAUCGUCAAUUAAAAGUGCUGCUUGUACUGUCAACUCAAAUGUUAAUGGGUGUGUUGUUGAUUCGCAUGAGAUUGAAGUCUGCGAGCUGGUAAGAGAUGGCCAUGAAAAAGCGGAUCCAAGUCACUUCGAUCUUCUUAAAGUUCUCGGUCAGGGCUCUUUCGGAAAAGUUUUUUUAGUCAGGAAAGUUGUCGGGAAAGAUAAAGGAACUUUGUAUGCUAUGAAAGUUUUGAAAAAAGCAACACUUAAAGUACGAGAUAGGGUCAGAACUAAAACAGAAAGAAAUAUUCUAGUAGAUGUUGAACAUCCAUUUAUUGUACGUUUACACUAUGCCUUUCAAACGGAAGGUAAAUUAUAUUUAAUUCUCGAUUUUUUGAGAGGUGGUGAUCUUUUUUCACGUCUGUCCAAAGAGGUAAUGUUUACUGAAGAAGAUGUCAAAUUUUAUUUAGCUGAAUUAGCACUAGCAUUAGAUCAUAUCCAUAAACUUGGGAUUAUUUAUAGAGACUUAAAACCUGAAAAUAUUCUAUUAGACGCCGAUGGACACAUGUCUUUAACUGAUUUCGGAUUAAGCAAGCAGCCAUUAGAUGACACUAAAACUUCAUACUCAUUUUGUGGAACUAUUGAGUACAUGGCACCAGAAGUUGUUAAUCGUCAAGGACAUUCAUUUGCUGCUGACUGGUGGAGCUUUGGUGUCUUAAUGUUUGAAAUGCUAACGGGAGCACUGCCAUUCCAAGGAGUAAAUCGAAAAGAAACAAUGACUCAAAUUCUAAAAGCUAAGCUUGGAAUGCCCUACAAUAUAUCUCAAGACGCCCAAGCACUUUUGCGUGUCCUCUUCAAAAGAAAUCCAGCAAACCGGAUUGGGAGCAACGGGGUCGAAGAAAUAAAAAGCCACCCAUUUUUUUCGUCGAUAGACUGGGAGGCUUUGUACCGAAAAGAAGUAGUGCCGCCUUUCAAGCCAGCAGUGAGUCGCGAAGACGAUGCAUUUUGCUUCGACAGCGAAUUUACCUGCAAGACACCUAGAGACUCUCCAGGUCUUCCACCGAGUGCAAACGCCCAUGAGUUAUUCCGCGGGUUCAGUUUUGUAGCUCCGGGUCUGCUGGAGGAGAACCCCAAGAGCCCGGAGAUAAUGAGCUGCGAGAACAUCGGGAACGCGUUUCCCACCUACGUGAGUCGCACUCCAAUUCGCGACGAGUAUGAGAUAAAAGAAGAAAUCGGAAACGGAAGUUACAGCACUGUUUACCGCGCCGUUCACAAAAUUACUAAAAUAGAGUACGCUGUUAAAGUAAUCGAGAAAAUUAAGCGAGACCCGACUGAAGAAAUAGAAAUUUUACUCCGUUACGGCCGUCAUCCGCACAUUGUCUCUCUGCGAGCUGUUCACGAGGACGAACGCCGGGUCUAUCUGGUCCUGGAACUCCUAAGAGGCGGAGAGCUGCUGAAUCGAUUGAUACAACGACGCAAUUUUUCAGAGCGCGAAGCUGCUGAGGUUAUUUAUACUAUCACCAGUGUUGUUAAUUAUUUACACGAGAACGGUGUGGUUCAUCGGGAUUUAAAGCCGUCAAAUAUUCUGUAUGCCAAGCCAGGCGGAGAUCCAAGCACGCUGUGUAUUUGUGACUUAGGAUUUGCCAAGCAACUCAGGGCUGAGAAUGGUUUAUUGAUGACACCCUGUUACACGGCUAAUUUUGUUGCGCCUGAAGUCCUUAAACGCCAGGGUUAUGAUGCUGCUUGUGAUAUAUGGUCACUCGGGGUCUUGUUAUACAUUAUGCUGGCCGGAUGCACUCCAUUUCCAAAUAGUCCAGGAGAUACCGCAAGUGACAUAUUAAAUCGCAUUGGCCUCGGUUUCGUGAAUGUCGACAACGGUAUCUGGACUCAUAUAUCCACCGAAGCUAAAGACCUUGUUCUCAGAAUGCUACAUAUCGAUCCACACAGGAGACCAACAGCUGCGGCUAUAUUAAAAUACUCGUGGAUCGCAAAUCGUCAUCGUCUUCCGCAAAAAUACUUGCCUGAAACUGUUACCGAUCCUUUGAGUCUCAAGACUGCAGUAGCAGAGACUUACAAAGCAAUGUCAAAUAAUCCAAGAUCGCCACACAUUGGGCCAGUUGUAAUGUCCGAAUUAGCCCGACGUCGAACUCAGGCCAAACCAGGAGGUGCUACAAAACUUUAAUACAUUAAUUUAUUAUCAUUAUUAUUAAUUCAUAUCAGGAUUUCUUUUUUUCUUUAAAAUUUUAACGCACAAUAUUAUAGAGUCAGUUUUUAAAAUUGAUGUGAUAUUUUGUUAUUUUAAAAUUAAUUAUUAAUUUAUUUAAAUUAAAUUUAUUUCAAUCGUGCGAGUCUAAAAUCGAUAACCAACAGUGCAUUAUCUCUAGUUUAAAAUUAGGAUUUCCUUAACCCCUUGUUAUUUAUUAUAUUAUAAAAAAAAAGGUAUAAAUUUACAAACAAAA